UAGUCACAAACUUGUGCUCCUUAUUCUUUCUCUUCUCCACGAUAUAUAUAUCAUCGUUUUCUUUCCCCUUUUCGCUCUUCUUCCUCUUCGCAGUCGCAUCGCUUCGAUUCGAUUCGAUUCAUCGAUUGCGUUCCCUUUCUCAAUUCUCACUCACUCUUUCCCUCUUCAAUUUUCCACAAUCAUCACCAUCACCAUCACCAUCACAAUCGGUAAGCCUUAUCAAACCCUAAUGUUCCCUCUCUCCCACUUCCUCAAUUUCUAGGGUUUCGAUCUAAUCCCCUCUUUACCUAUUCACCUUCAAAUCUCACCCGCGUUCUUCAUUUUCGAAUUUAGGGUUUUCUUGUUGGAAAGGGGGGAUUAGGGUUCUAGAUAGGUAGAUUUAUGGCAGCUGGGAGACAUGGUGGUUAUCGCGAUAACGAAUUUCGUGACCGCGAGUCCAGUAUGGAUGCUCCGAGGCGCGGUGGUGGGUUAGCGAAUUCGAAGGAAGACUACGAUCGGGUUAGGAAUGGUGGUCGCGAUGAUGACAGGGGCGGGAGUAGGGAUUCCAGAGAUAGGAUUAGGGUGAGGCAGAAGGAUGUUACGGAGAGAGAUGCGGUUAGUAAUGGCGGUUACCGGUCGUCGAGUCGGAGUAACUCUGGUGGAAGCAGUGGUGGCAGCCUUGGUCCUCGCCGGUGUGAUUUCUCUGUUAAGGGAAUUGAUAGAGAGCCUGGUGAGCUUUCCAGUGAGAGUGGUGGGUCUGAUGGUGCUGUUCAAUCGGAGCCUGGGGUGAAGGACAGUGAGGUUGUCGCGGUGUCUGAGGAUAACAAGACUAUGACACCGCCUCCGCCGGAGAGGAAAAGGAAAUUCUCCCCCAUAGUGUGGGAUCAGGAUGAUAAGGAAGCGAAGCAGUCAUCUAAAGUUAGGGUUUCUGUGAAAUCAGGGACUGCUGCUCUUCCUCCCCCACCGGUGCUGCCAAAAGCGUUUGUUCAAUCUCCGAAUGUUUCUUAUGGUGGGGUUGAAAUACAUCCUGUCAGCAACAGAGAAGCUGAGAAUGUUCUUGAGUUGCCGGCGGGAGAUAAAAUUAGGCAGUCCUUGUCACCAAAGCAGAAUUGGGGUAAUGACCAGGAGGAGGCUGAGCAGCAAGAAGGUGAAGAUUAUGUCCCGACUCGUCAUAUAUCGUCUUCGAGAUGGGCAGCUGGAGAAGACUCUCCUGUUGAUGAGGGUGAAAUCCUCAAUGAUGAGGAAAUGCCUAAAAGGAGGAGGAGGGUGUCUCCUGAAUUGUUGGAGACUAGAGUGAGGAACAAGCUGUUGAGCCCUGAGGAAUCUAAACUAGAAAGUUCUGAAGGAGCUAGGGUCAAAUCGUCUGGAUCUGAAGAAAGAGGUAAUGUCAAUGGGAGAACAUCCAGUGGCGAUGAUCAUCCUGGUAUUGAAUCAGAGAAGGAUGACUAUAUGGAGAUUGAUGCUCGAGGUAUGAGAAGUGAUUCCAGUGUUAGUCACUCAGAUACUGAAUCUGAAGAUAAGGAUGAUAGGCAGGAGACUCCAGAACCUCCAGCUGCACCUCAAAGAACUGUCAACAUGCUGCAGGGUUGUAGAAGUGUUGAUGAGUUUGAGAGGCUUAAUAAGAUAGAUGAAGGAACAUAUGGUGUUGUAUAUAGAGCUAAAGACAAGAAGACUGGGGAAAUUGUAGCAUUGAAGAAAGUCAAAAUGGAGAAGGAAAAAGAAGGCUUCCCACUGACUUCUCUUAGGGAAAUAAACAUUCUGCUUUCUUUUCAUCACCCAUACAUUGUUGAUGUUAAGGAAGUAGUGGUAGGAAGUAGUCUUGAUAGUAUUUUCAUGGUUAUGGAAUAUAUGGAACAUGACCUGAAAGGAUUAAUGGAGUCAAUGAAGCAACCAUUUAGCCAGAGUGAAGUGAAGUGCUUAAUGAUCCAGCUUUUAGAAGGCGUGAAGUAUCUUCAUGACAACUGGGUGCUUCAUAGGGAUUUAAAGACUUCAAACCUGCUUCUAAAUAAUAGGGGUGAGCUAAAAAUUUGUGAUUUUGGGUUGGCUCGUCAAUAUGGGAGUCCUUUGAAACCGUAUACACACCUGGUGGUUACUCUUUGGUACAGGGCACCUGAACUUCUUCUGGGGGCAAAACAGUAUUCAACAGCUAUUGACAUGUGGUCUCUGGGUUGUAUAAUGGCUGAACUAUUGUCCAAGGAACCACUAUUCAAUGGGAGAACAGAAUUUGAUCAACUUGACAAGAUUUUUAGGAUUCUUGGCACACCUAAUGAAUCAAUUUGGCCUGGGUUCUCAAAGUUACCUGGAGUCAAGGUUAAUUUUGUCAAGCACCAGUAUAAUCUUCUGCGUAAAAAGUUUCCUGCCACGUCAUUCACUGGAUCUCCAGUUCUUUCUGAUUCUGGAUUUGAUUUGUUGAACAAGCUUCUGACUUAUGACCCUGAAAAGCGAAUCACAGCUGGAGAUGCUCUCAAUCAUGAAUGGUUCCGUGAAGUUCCUCUUCCCAAGAGUAAAGAAUUCAUGCCUACAUUUCCUGCCCAACAUGCCCAGGACAGGCGGAUGAGGAGAAUUUUGAAGAGUCCGGAUCCUUUAGAGGAGCAGCGCCGAAAGGAGUUGCAACAGGGUGAAUCGGGGACUGGUGGGAUUUUUGGCUGAGAUUGGUGCUAUCUAAACCUGUGUCUCUAUAAUCAUUCUAACAUGCUAUGCUGAAUGUUAACAUUCAUGAGGUGAGAGUAUGCACUCAACGGAAGUUGCCAGCAUUCUUUAUUAGACGAUCACCCAUGCUGUUUUUUAUCAGGGGUUUAUUGGUUUGAGCGGAGAUGUAUUCUUUUACCUCAAUACCUCAUGGAACCAGAAUAAUUUCAGGUUAACAUUCUUCAUGCUUGGUCUUAUAUAGAAAUACAACUGGGACACUGCUUGCUGCCAAAGAUGCGGGCUGUAAUUGCCUUCUGAAAUUAGGGAUAGUCAAGUGUCUACAUUGAAACUUGUGUAUGUAACAUAUUUCAUUGGCAUAUUGUAAACAAAUUUUAUCUGGUUUUGAGUACUUAAAACAGUAUGGGUUUUCUAGCA